UAUCGUUCGCCCAUAAAAAAACUAAUGAUCUCAUACAUGCUAUAGAAUUCUCUUACCAUGGACUUCUCUUCUCGUUCUCAGCCCCAAAAUCACCACGAGCCUCAACAACAAAUUCAAUCCUACGAUUCUCCGCAAAUCCAAUUUAAUUAUUCUUACUCCCAACCACCAAAUAACGUUUAUCACGAUCAACCUGAUUACUCCAAUGCCUAUCAGAGUGCGCCGCUUCAGCACCUACCGGAAGCCGCCGUAUCCAAUCCAUUGAGGAAUGAAGUUGCGGUUGCGCAAUUCAAGGAGGCGGAUGGGGCCAACCUCGACCUGCAACAUCCGAGCGCAUACUAUCCGGCUUUGAAUCCAGCUGCGGCAGCUGCGGUGGUGGCUUUGUCACACCUGGCACAGUUUGCGGGAACGAUGGACGCAGCGGAGAGGGCGGUUGUCGGGUUGCAUGCCAUGGUUAGGCCGGCUCCAUUGCUUUCAUCGGCAGGUCAGUUUCCCUACAUGGAUGGUGGCAGACGGGGUGGUGGGGCAUUCAGAGGUGGUGGUCAUGGAAAAUUUGGCCACCGUAAUUCUCCAUCUUUUUAUCAAAGAGGUCGUGGUCGAGGUCGAGGAGGUAAUGGUCGAGGUAGGGGUAGGGGUAGGGGUGGUCCUAAACACUUCUCACCACAUGAUCCUGAAUCUUCUGCUUCUCAAGAAGCAGAAUUGAAAAAUGAAAAUGCAGAGCCCUCAACUGAUGCACCUGAAAAAGCAGCUGUAUUGCUACCAGAUUCAUCACUAGCUGCGGCACCAGAGAAGGUAGUGCCAAGCCGGCAACCCACAAACGCUGCCUGGUGUGAACUUUGUAGAGUUAAUUGCACUAGUUUGGAAAUUCUUGAACAGCACAAGAAUGGAAAGCGGCAUAAAAAAAACUUGCUAAGGACUGAGGAGUUGAGAAAAAUAGUCAAACCAAUCACUGAAGUACGGAAUGAAGAAGAACCUGUGGCUGAGUCCAGGAUCGAAGCAUCUCAAUAUCAAGAGUUUGAGCAGGGUGGUAUUGAGAUUGAAUCAGUGGAAAAUAUAGAUAAAGAAACUGUACUUGAUGAAAAUAAAACAGAGGCUGAUGAUCGAAAUAAUGAAGAGGGGCAAUCUGAAGUUCCUGCAAAGGACUCUUCUAAUUUGCAAGCUGGGAAGCCUAGGAUAGAUUUUGAUAAUUGGAAGUGCGGAAUGAAACGCAAGAUGAAAGGUGCUCGCGGAGGAAAGCUGAUGAAAAGGUUUGCAGGUUCAAGGCAGCAAACGGAACCUCCCAAACCUAAAGUGGUGAUUCCACUAAUAUGUGACUUGUGUAAUGUCAAAUGUGACACACAGGAAGUUCUUGACCGCCAUCUUUCUGGUAAAAAGCAUAUUGCUAAGCUUAAAAGGUUUGAAAGUCACCAAGCUAUGUACGGGCCUAUUGGAGUUCAGUCUCUUUACCCUCCUAACCCAAUUGCACAAACUCUUUACCAUGCUCAAGGCCAUCAUCAACCACCGGUUUAUGAUUCUAAGGGCUUAUUUCCUCCAUCUGGUCCUUACAUGCCUCCGCAAAGUCAGCAACCUCCAGUAACAUCAGCUGGCAUGAAUCAUGCAUUUCAACAACACUAUCCCAUAGGUCAAACAGAAACUGCCGAUGCAUCUGGUGGUCACAAUACUGUUUUAAUGGUAUCAGAAACUCAGCAACAGGUAUCGACAACACAACCAGAGAUCAGACAAGCUUCUGUGAUGGAGGCAAAUGAUCACAUAGUCUGAAGUUUAGUAAUUUGUCCUCUAGCUGAUACUCUGUCGAGCGAGUGAAAUAAUUAACUUCCAAUUGUAUCACCUUCACUUACACAUUCCAUCAAAUGGUGGGAUGGAUGGCUGUGUUACUUAUUCCUCUGUUAAUGAAAAAUUUCCCCUUAGAUUCCAGAAAAAAGGUUAAUGGUUCAAUUAUAUUGGUAGCUUAGUGAGAGUUGGCAGAGUAGUUCUAAAUUUAUUUGUGCAUUUCGUUAUUGAACAGAGACACAUAAGUAGCUCCUUCUCUGGGUC